AGCAUCCGGGUGACAACAGAGCGCAGACUCAAUCGCCGCCGCAGCUCACUGCGUUUCCGUAGCCAGGUUUGCUACCCCGCUGAGCCCUGACCGGGGGGAAACAGCUCUCACGGAGACGAUUGAAUCCCGACCGAAUAACGCCAAAAAACUAAGAAAAGCUGGCGGACAUGAAUGGCGGAUUAACACCGACGUCGGAGAGGGACUCGCUGAAUAAAACGUCCGUGUCUCGGGUGCUUUUUGGAGAGUGCGCUGGCAGCGAACACCCUCCGUAACAUGUGAGAUGUCUACGGAGAGAUAUUAAACCGUGCGGUUAAUUCGGCUAACUAGCUAGCAGCUACUAGUUCUCUAUCCGAUUUAUGGUCGUUUUUUCUCUCAACCGUUUGUACCGGAGUCAAAAAUGAAGAAGUUCAACAUUAGGAAGGUGCUGGACGGUUUGACAGCGGCUUCUUCUUCCUCCUCUUCCUCCGCGACCGCCCAGCCGGGCUCCGGCAGGGACAGCGACGUGAUCCAGGAGACCCUCCAGUCGGAGCAUUUCCAGCUUUGCAAGACUGUGCGUCAUGGCUUCCCAUAUCAACCAUCCUCCAUGGCUUUUGAUCCCGUGCAGAAAAUCUUGGCCGUCGGGACUCAGACUGGAGCGUUGAGGCUCUUUGGCUGUGCGGGUGUGGAGUGCUACUGUCAGCACGAGAGCGGCGCGGCCGUCAUCCAGCUGCAGUUCCUGAUCAACGAGGGGGCGCUGGUGAGUGCCUUAGCUGAUGACAGCAUCCACAUGUGGAACCUGAGGCAGAAGAUCCCUGCAAUCCUGCAUUCUCUCAAGUUCAGCAGGGAGAGAAUCACGUACUGCCACCUGCCCUUCCAGAGCAAAUGGCUCUACAUCGGCACAGAAAGAGGAAACAUCCACAUUGUCAACGUGGAGUCCUUCACGCUCUCGGGCUACGUCAUCAUGUGGAACAAAGCCAUCGAACUAUCCACCAAGACGCACCCGGGGCCAGUCGUGCACAUCAGUGACAACCCCAUGGAUGAAGGAAAGCUUCUGAUUGGAUACGAGUGUGGGGUCGUGGUGUUGUGGGACUUGAAGUGCAAAAAAGCUGACUGCCGCUACAAUUAUGAUGAGGCGAUCCACUCGGUAGCCUGGCACCAUGAGGGUAAACAGUUUGUCUGCAGCCACUCUGAUGGCACUCUGACCACGUGGAAUAUACGAAUCCCAGCCAAGUCUGCACAGAUCAUCACACCACAUGGAAAGCAGCCUAAGGACGGAAAGAAGCCAGAGCCAUGCAAGCCCAUCCUGAAGGUGGAGUACAAAACAACAAGGGUUGGGGACCCGUUCAUGGUCCUGUCCGGAGGUCUGUCGUACGACACGGUGGGCAGGAGAGCCUGUCUGACUGUGAUGCACGGGAAGAGCACCACCGUCCUGGAGAUGGACUACCCCAUCGUAGAUUUUCUAACGCUGUGCGAGACUCCGUAUCCAAACGACUUUCAGGAGCCUUACGCUGUGGUGGUCCUCCUCGAGAAGGAUUUAGUGUUAAUAGACCUCGGACAGAUUGGGUACCCGAUAUUUGAGAAUCCAUAUCCUCUGACUAUCCAUGAGUCACCGGUGACCUGCUGUGAAUACUUUGUGGACUGCCCUUCUGAACUCAUUCCUGCACUUUACUCUGUCGGCAGCCGGCAAAAGAGACAAAGUUACAGCAAGAAGGAAUGGCCCAUUAGUGGAGGAAACUGGGGCCAAGGCACUCAGAGUUACCCAGAGAUUAUUAUCACUGGACAUGCUGAUGGGUCGAUCAAAUUUUGGGAUGCGUCUGCAUUGAUGCUUCAAGUGCUGUACAAGCUGAAGACUGCCAAGGUUUUUGAGAGGGCUCGCAGUAAGGAGGAGAAGGCCAAUACAGAAAUAGUAGAGGAGGACCCGUUCGCCAUCCAGACCUUGUCCUGGUGCCCCGAGAGCCGGAUGCUCUGUGUGGCCGGGGUGUCUGCCCACGUCAUCGUCUAUCGGUUCAGCAAACAGGAAGUCACCACUGAAGUUGUGCAGCUUUUGGAGGUGCGGAUGCAGUGUGAGUUUAACGGUGGGGACUCCCCUGAUCCAGGAGGGGAGCAGACCCCCACCCUGCCCACCCAGGGAGCUUCCUCCAGCCCGCAGGAGAGCGAGCCUCCCACUCAGCCCUCCACAGGCAGCAACUCCUCCGACGGACCCAGGGACAAUAUACCAUGCCUGCAGGUGCGGAGCUCCCCGCUGAAGCAGUCUCCGGGCUACCAGGUGGAGCUGGUGAUCCAGCUGGUGUGGGUGAGCGGGGAGCCUCCUCAGCCAAUCACCAGCCUGGCGAUCAACUCCUCCUACGGCCUCGUGGUGUUUGGAAACACCAAUGGUCUGGCUGUGGCCGACUACCUCCAGAAAACUCUGCUCCUCCACAUGGGCACGUCGGAGCUGUACAGCCCAUCCGACCCCUACCAGAGGCAGCCUCGCUCCCCACGCAAAGUGCGGCAGCCGUCUGGAGCAACCUGUGACUCAAACGAUGGGUCCAACACCUCAGAGGACCGCUGCAAAUCCCCGACUUCAGGAUCUACCUCACCUUGCAAUUCUGAUGAUGAGCGAAAACAGAAGUUCAUAGAGAAGGUGAAGUUCAAAAGCAGACGCUUUUCCAAGACGGUUGCCAAUGACUUUGCCAAGAUGUCACGGAAAAUUAGCUCGUCUAGCGAGCAAAAGACUGACCUGGCAAAGGAGAGGUCCAAACAAUGGCGCUCUCUCACGUGUAAGAAGCACAUUUGUUGCGCGAACGAAGGCAAGGCGGCAGCCGGGACGACCCAGAAGGGGGCCGUCAGUAGAACUGAAUCAACCCCCAACUUCUAUGCCAGGGAUAACACGUUCACCCGCUCACGUAGUUCAAGUGUCACCAGCAUAGAACGAGAAUCUCGAGAGGCCAUCUCCUCCUUUCACUUCUGCGAGAGUUACCCCCGGAAGAGCGACAGCGUGGUCAGCCCCUGUCUGCUGGUGGGAACCACCCAGGGCACUGUGAUGAUGGUGGCCCUCAGCAUGCCGCCCGGCGGGGACCAGAGGCUGCAGCAACCAGUCGGCAUCUCCUCCUGUGGCAGUAUGGUCACACUCAAAGGAGGCAUUUUGACUAUGGCCCUGUUGGACGCCGCUGGAGCUCUGCUGCCCCCUUCCUACGAGCCGUGGUACGACCCAAAUGCCUCGGACGAGGAGAAGGAGAAGAGCCGGAGGCGCAGGCCAGCCUCCCCUCCCUCGUCUCAAGACGGUCCGGAUCCCCAGUUCGCUGUGCUGUGUUCGGAGAAACAGGCCAAGGUGGUGGCCAUGCCCUCCCAAACCCGCAUCUACAAACACAGCAUCACAGAGACCUCCUUUGUGCUGAGGGCUGACGUUGUGCAGAUGGGCGGAGCCAACUGCAUCGCCUGUUUCUGCGCUAACGGGCACAUCAUGACUCUGAGUUUACCCAGUCUACGGCCUCUGCUGGACGUGAACUACCUGCCGCUGACAGACAUGCGGAUAGCCAGAACGUUCUGCUUCUCCCACCUGGGUCAGGCCCUGUACCUCACCUCCCCCACGGAGAUCCAGAGGCUCACCUAUAGCCAGGAGACCUGCGACAAUCGACAGGAGAUGCUCAGUGAGUUAUUUACCCCCGUGGAGACACCAGAGGCUCCUAACAGAGGUUUCUUCAAAGGCCUGUUUGGGGGAGGAGCUCAGUCUCUGGACAGGGAGGACCUCUUUGGAGAAACGGGUGCUGGCAAAGCCUCCCGCAGCCUGGCCCAGCACAUCCCCGGCCAAGGGGGCAUGGAGGGCAUGAAGGGUGCAGCGUCCGGGGUCGUGGGGGAUCUGGCCCGUGCACGGAUAGCUCUGGACGAGAGAGGGCAGAAACUGGGGGAGCUGGAGGACAGAACGGCUGCCAUGAUGUCCAGCGCAGAUUCAUUUUCAAAACAUGCUCAUGAUAUGAUGCUGAAGUACAAAGAUAAGAAGUGGUACCAGCUCUGAUGGCAGCGUGUGGGAGCAUUAGACUCUGUAAUCACGAAGUAUCACACCAGUAUCUCUUCAAUAUUUCUCUCCACGGGGGGGGGGGGGGCUCAACACAGACUCAUGCUUUUAUUCUCAGAACAAUAUCACACACUCUGCAUUAUCUCAGCGACCGGAGGAGACACCGGCCGACCACCAUGUAACGAGAAUCGGAAAAGAAAUGGAAGAAGAGAAGCUGUUAGGACUCUCUCUUUCCAUUUCACCGGAGAGCGAUGAUGUUCACCUAAGGUGACCUUUCAUAUCCAUCAUGCACUCGUGUGUGUAUAUGUAUGUAUGUGUGUAUAUAUAUAUAUAUAUAUAUAUAUAUAUAUAUAUAUAUAUAUAUAUAUAUAUAUAUAUACACUCUGCUGUUUUGUUCUGAAGGAGGCUGAAAGACAAUUCUGCAAAACAUGUACUUUGGUGGCUUGAUUGCGAUUGUUCUUUCUCUGCCCUUUAAGAUGUCUGUCAAACACAGUGGGCUUAAACGAGGAGAAAAGUCUGAUGACCCUUUGUCCUUCAUGUCUAAUCUGUUUCUAUAGGAAUGAUUGGAUCAAUGAAGGACUCCUGUCCGUUUGUUUUUUUUUCCCCAGUUUACAUUAUUUUUUUAGACAUUUGUCCUUUUGCCAGUCUGUUAAGAAAUGUCCUUUCUCGCACGUAGAAGUGUAAAAACUAGACGUGGCGAUGAUGAACCUCUCACCGAAUAAGGGCUGGUACCACACUAGUUUCCUUUUUUUUACAUCAUUUUCCAACUAAGUUGUUUAACGUGAGAAGGACAAUUGUUGUGUUUUUUGUUGUUGUUGUUUUGUUUUUUUGAAGAUCCCUUUCGUUUUUAUUUAAAAUUAGUCUAUUUAUUGGAACCGUAUAAUAGAUGAGAAGUAAAAAUAAGUUUGUAUGUUGGGCAUUGAAUUAUAUAUAUAUAUAUAUAUAUAUAUAUUUUUUUCCUUUUGGUGAAUUAAAUGCGCAAAAAGAAAGUGCUGAAAAUGUUUACCCCUGAUGAUGAAGAGUUUACACUGAUCUGUCAGAAAAAUGAAGAGUUGAUACACUGGAGAAAAAAAAAACCCCUGACGGUCUUCUAUUCGUCUGUCUUUCAAGGGGCUGUAGCUGAGUCGUGUAGAAGAAGAAGGAUGUGUUGAAGGGCAAUACAAAGAUUGUCCAUAUUAUAAUUAGCAUAAAUGUAUAUUUUGAUUACACUUUUUUUUUUGGAGAUAAAGAUUCUAUAUAUACACGAUUAUUCACAUUUCUUUUUGGCAUUCUGUCGCAGCUGAUUUUUGGUGUCGUUUCUCAACGUGUAGGGAAAGAAGCAUGCGUCUCUAGCAGCACACUGGGAAUGUUAACGCUGCCAGUGGAAAUGACCAAGCGCCUCUCUCUGAACCCAUUCACUUCAAAACGGUUUCUCUUCUGCCUUUACCUCAUGAUGCAUAUAACCUAACCUCUACCUAAUGUGUGUGUGUGUGUGUGUGUGUGAACAUGCAUAUAUUCAGGAAUAUGUGUAUGGGCGCCAAUAUUUCUAAUACUGCAUAGAUACAGUGUAUUACAAUAGGUUUUUUUGCUUUUGCUUGACAGUGUUUAUCAAUGUGGUUUAACUAGAAUUCUAUUGUACUCUGAUUAAUUUUGUCAUGAGGCGCCAGGAUAUGCUGCUAUUUGUGUCAAUGUAGGAGCAUUAUCUGUUGGUCUUUUUAUUUUGAAAAAAACGGAGAGAAUUAUUAUUUUUUCCGUCUUGUCCAGAUUGCUGCCAAAUGUUGUAAAUAACGGAGACAGCUGGACACAAAUCUGACAGUGCAGGUUCAGGCGACGUGACAUACGGCGGCCAUGUUCUUUUCCCACACCAAAGAGUUGCUUAAUUUCACAAAGUUGUCUUGGUUUUCUUUUUCUCGUUAAACGGUAAGAGAGUCGGGUCUCCAGGCGGAGGGUAGAUUGGCUUUAGUUUAUUCUCACGGGCACGCAUUGCCCAAACGGUGCAUGUGAACAGUUUGAUUCCAAAAUGAGAUCAUCUGGCUCUUAGCUGGUAUUAAAUCCGGUAUACUUUGGAGGUGUUGAGUUUUAUCCAAGAACAAUUAAUACAUUUUGGAAUAAAACCCAUUUCUUUUA